AUGAGCUGGUGGUGGGCUGGAGCUAUCGGCGCCGCGAAGAAAAAAUUCGAAGACGACGAUGCACCACCAAAGUACCAAAGCGUGGCCCUAAUUAUCGGGGUCACCGGCAUCGUCGGAAACAGCCUCGCUGAGAUCCUCCCACUCGCAGACACCCCGGGCGGCCCAUGGAAGGUCUACGGCGUCGCUCGCCGGCCAAGGCCCUCCUGGAACGCUGACCACCCAGUCGAAUACAUCCAGUGCGACAUCUCAGACCCAGAAGACACCCGAUCGAAGCUCUCAAAUCUCCACGAUGUAACCCAUGUUUUCUACGUCACAUGGGCUAGUAGAUCCACCGAAGCCGAAAAUUGUGAAAUCAAUGGAAAAAUGUUCAGAAAUGUUCUCCAAUCAAUCAUACCCAGUGCCCCAAAUUUGCAGCAUAUCUGUCUUCAAACUGGAAAAAAACACUACUGGGGUUCUUUUGAAUUGUCCGGGAAAAUUGCCCAUGAUCCUCCGUUUCACGAGGAUUUACCUAGGCUUGAUGCUCCAAAUUUUUACUACGCGCUUGAGGAUAUUUUGUUUGAGGAGGUGGAAAAGAAGGAAGGACUAACUUGGUCUGUUCAUAGGCCAGGAACGAUAUUUGGGUUUUCUCCAUAUAGUUUGAUGAAUAUUGUUGGGACCCUUUGUGUUUAUGCUGCUAUAUGUAAGCAUGAGGGUGUUCCUCUGAGGUUUCCCGGUUGUAAGGCGGCGUGGGAUGACUAUUCGGAUUGCUCGGACGCAGACUUGAUCGCCGAGCAAGAGAUAUGGGCAGCGGUUGAUCCCUAUGCGAAGAAUGAAGCCUUUAAUAUUAGCAAUGGAGAUGUGUUCAAGUGGAAGCAUUUUUGGAAGGUGUUGGCUGAGCAGUUUGAGGUGGAAUGUGCUGAAUUUGAGGAGGGAGAGAAAUUGAGUUUGGUGGAGAUGAUGAAGGGUAAGGGGCCUGUGUGGGAGGAGAUUGUGAGAGAGAAGGGUUUGUUGCCUACUAAAUUGGAAGAUGUUGGAGUUUGGUGGUUUGUUGAUAUUAUACUUGGUGGUGGGGGCGUGUUGGAUACUAUGAACAAGAGCAAGGAGCAUGGAUUUUUGGGGUUUAGGAACACGAAAAACGCAUUCAUUUCUUGGAUUGAUAAGGUGAAAGCUUACAAGAUUGUUCCAUAGUUUGAUAUCUUUCUGGGUGGCCUUGGUCUGUGUUAAUAUCUUGAAUAGUUUGUUCUCUUGUCUCUGUUGUGUUGUUAAAAGAAAGGGAAUAAUUAUAGAAGGAAGCUUUUGCUUUCUGAAUCACUGUAUUUUUCGGCUUUUGCUGUUUCCUGUAAUGAUCGAAUUAGAUUAUAAGCAUUACCAUUGGUAGUUGUCUUGUUUGUUCCUCUGUUGAUUUUGUGGCCUG